AGCCGGCGAAAAGGAAAAGUAUAAAGAAAAAGGGAAAAAAGAAGAAAAAAAAAUCAAUGAAAGAGCAAGAAAAAUCACGCGCUGCAGCAACUGCAGAAACAGAAAAGCAAAAGAAUGUGCUGAUCAAGGAUAUGCUCGAAGAGAUACGGGUCGAGAAAUUCAAAUCGGAAACAGAGGCCUUGAUUGAUGAAGAUGAAGCGAAGAAACGAAAAGUUCAGUUGGAAAAAACCUGGCAUGUGAUAACUAAAAAUGAAAAAGCGUUUAUGGAUGAUGCUCUGCUUAAUAAACAAGAAGACAAGUGGAUUCAAUAUAUGACUUGUGAUGGUCUACCAAAUCCUGGGAUUUUGUCGGAGCUGAAUACGUUUUUAUUUCUCUGGGAUUUGCAGGACGAAGAAGCUUCAAUGAUAAAUAUUACCGACAAAUGCCAAGUUGUGAUUUAUCUAUUGCUGAAACUAGACAACAUCAUUGAUUUCAGUCUGAUGGAAUCCCCUGAGUACAUUGAGGAUUGCAAGAAAGUAAGAAAGAUUUUCCGCGAGAAGCUCAAGUAUUGGAUCGACUUGGCUACUUAUCGGCUGCUCCGGCAAAUCGAAAGAGACAUGGUCAGGGAGGAUUUGAGAAAUGCAAGAUUUGUCAAAGAAGCCAACGAGAUGAUAUGCUGCAUUUGGGCUUUGAUAAGAUUGCCGAUCAGUAUUAAACAAUUUUCCGAACGUGAUAGAAAACCAAUAGAGAUAAUAUUCAAAGAGUUAGAUUUGAGUGUUAAAAUGCCACUUGACCUUGACUGUUACGCGAUGUCAAUACGAGGCCUUUGGAUUCAAUAUGACCAUUAUUCAGACCAAGGUUCAUCAUUUUUUAUGCCUGAUAUCCCACAAGAAUACCGUAUGAAUGAAGAUCUGUUGACCUUCUGUCAGAACGAGUAUGAUACAAAAGUUAAAACUCGUGAGGAGCAGGUUGAGGGUCGAAGAUUAAGGCUCGAGGAAAAAAAAUUAAUGGUCGAACGUCUUUCGAAUCCGUCACAAUUCUCGGCCGCUAAAACGGAGAAAAAAGGAAAGCAAGCCAAAAAAGCAUCGCCGCAAGCUGGACGGGCCAAAAAAUCAGAACCUGAACCUGAACCUAAACCUCUGCCUUACCUGCCUACGCCGGAAGAAAUUAUUCUCCAGAAAGAAGAGGAAAAUAGGAAAGAAUUAAGAAAAUUAUUAUUUACUCGGUGCGAAAAAACGGAAAUAAAUUUACGAAAGUACAGAAUACUUGGAGGGGUUCAUCACAUUGAUUUGAUUUAUCAACCACCUCAGCCUAAAGAUAUGAGAGGAGAUAUAUUUUUAACAACAAUUCAGCUUCCAAAGGAACUGAGAUAUGUGCCUUUUUUGCGGCCAUACAAAGCACCGCCGCCUGCGCCAGACGCAGAAAGAACUCCAGAAGUGAUUGAAGCUGAGAUGAAAGCCCUCGAAGCUGCAAUGGAAGCUUUAGUGCUCGUCACUUUCAAGCUUCCUGAGUCAGUUCUGUGGUUUGAACCGCCUUUAGUCGCUCACUGGAUCUCUGAUAAAAAAAUUUGGUCAACCCAAGACGUUCAUGACAUAAAAUACAAUGAAGAAAAACAAAUAAUCACAUUUAGAACCGGCCGAUUGGGUAUUCAUGGUCUUGCGGCAUUCAAGUUUAUAAAUUUGCCAUUCCAAAGUUGGGAGUUAAAACCAGAAGCUGGCAAGACUGGUGGUGUUACACUCAGUAUUUCUGCUGCUAUUGUUCAAGUUGAAUUUGUUGUAAGGCACCCUAUCGCCGAAAAGCACCUCCAAGCUUGUAUGGGACUACUCAGCACCGCGUACACGUUCUCCUGGUCAAGAUGGAACUCGACAGUGUCAGCUCGUCAAAUAAUAAUGCAAAUAAAAGAGUUACACGGGUGUGUUGCCAAAGAACAAACAAAUAAGAUGAUGAUGGUAACUCCGCUUCGGACAAAUCUUAUUGAUUGUACCGAAGUUGGCUCUGAGUUUAGUGACAAACCUAUGCCCGGAGAAGAAACUAAGCGUUAA